AGGAGAAGAGAAGAGCAAACAAUGUCCUACCUAUUGCCGCACUUGCACACAGGGUGGGCCGUCGAUCAGGCUAUUCUUGCCGAAGAAGAGCGGGUUGUGAUCAUCCGUUUUGGCCAUGACUGGGACGAUACGUGCAUGCAGGAGUCAAACCCGUAGGGCUGUAGUGCUGCGCCCGUUACUGAAGAACCGUCAAAAAGAUGCCAUUGAGGAAAGAUUAAGGUACAUACGUGUUAUAAAAUUCAAAAGGUUACCCAAUAAUCGGAAAGUUUCUAGCAGUAGUCUAAUUUCAAAACGAAAUUUAAAACCAGAAAAUUAGCUGUUGAGCAAAAUUAUAUUUGGGAAAUUUAACUGAAUUAUAGUAAAAAUUGCUUGUAAUAUAUGCUCUGGUAUUGCUUGGUAAGCUAAUGGUUUGGAUGUGUUGUAAUUUGGCAUAUUGAGUGUAAGUUCCAUUGCAGUCCACAUAAAGGCCAACAUUCAGCUUGUUAUUCCCUUUUGAGUUGCUUAUUGCAGGAUUUAUAGUCUUGGCAGCGCUUUGCAUACUUGCUGCUUCACAGGAAUUCUUUUAUUUUCUUUCCUUGGGUGCAUUCUAGUUCUUUUAAUUGUUUAUUUUUUGGACUGUUAUCUCUUGUUCAUGCAAUUCGGGAAUUCUUAAAUGUGCUGAAAAUCUGAUUUUCAAACUGUUGCAUUUAUUUUUUGAAUUAGUAUUGUUUAUUUUUCUCGAGUAAUAGCCUAUCAUGCUCUAACAAUUUAUGCAAAUUUAUUUUCUCUCAUCAUAGAGUGGAGAACACACAAAAGUCCGUGACUGCAUUUGCAUAACGCGUUGAUUUCUGAGUUUUCAGAAUAGCUUUAGGCGUUUGGACUGCAACAUACAACAAUUUUGAGUGCCUUGUACAGGUUCUGAAUUAUCUCUUGAGCUGCUCAAGAGUUAUGCUGAUGGAUGAAGUCCUGGCGUCAGUUGCUGAGAAGAUAAAAAACUUUGCCGUCAUUUAUCUAGUGGACAUCACAGAGGUACCGGAUUUUAACACCAUGUAUGAGUUGUAUGAUCCAUCCACGGUCAUGUUCUUCUUCAGGAACAAACACAUUAUGAUUGAUCUUGGAACUGGAAAUAACAACAAGAUUAACUGGGCUCUUAAAGACAAACAAGAGUUCAUCGACAUAGUUGAAACUGUUUACCGUGGAGCAAGGAAGGGCCGGGGUUUGGUCAUUGCUCCAAAAGAUUAUUCCACCAAGUACCGUUAUUAGUGCUUGAGCAAGCUCAUUGAUUUCUAGCUUUGCAUGGUCCCGUAGAGGCAAUAUUGCAAAUUUGCUAUAUAUCUAACUCGGAAAUACAAUAGAAAUUUGUCCUUGACAUGUUCUUAUAGAACCCUUUAUAAAUUGGUGGUCAUUAGUGGAAUUUACUUGGUAUUGUUUGCAUUUUAAUGCAAUUUACUUUUGAAAA